AUGGGCAAGCUAAUACGGCUCGAACUGUUCAACUUCAAAUCCUACAAGGGUCACCAUGUUCUCCUCUUUGGCGAUUCCUACUUCACCUCUAUCAUUGGCCCUAAUGGAUCAGGCAAAUCGAAUUCCAUGGAUGCCAUCUCCUUCGUGCUCGGAAUCAAAUCUUCUCACCUCCGUUCAACCCAUCUACGUGACCUGGUCUACCGUGGCCGUGUCCUAAAGACCUCCCGAAUCAAUGCCGACGGAACUGCCACCGAGGUCCCCGAGGGCGAGGCUCAGGAUCCCGAGGCUGAAUCUGGCGCGCAAGAGGAGGAUCAAGAUACACAAACAAGCACUCAGCGCGCAGAUCCCACAAAUGCUUGGGUCAUGGCUGUUUACGAAGACGACGCCGGAGACGAACAAGCCUGGAAACGCUCCAUCACUUCUACUGGCCAAUCUGAAUACCGGAUCAACAACAGAUCCGUGUCCGCAAAACAGUACAAUGAAGCUCUCGAGGCCGAGAACAUCCUGAUCAAGGCUCGCAACUUCCUUGUCUUCCAAGGUGAUGUCGAGGCUAUCGCUUCUCAAAGUUCCAAGGAUCUCACUAGAUUGAUUGAGCAAAUCAGCGGCAGUCUUGAGUACAAGGCCGACUACGACCGUCUGAAGAUCGAGGCUGAGAAAGCUGCCGAAGACCAAGCUUUCAGGUUGAACCAACGCAGAGGCAUCAACUCCGAAAUCAAGCAGUACCAGGAACAAAAGCGCGAAGUCGAUAGCUACAACCGCAAAGUCGACGAGAAGGAUCAGGCUGUUGUCACUCAUGUUCUCUGGAAGCUGUUUCACUUCCAACAAAUGGUCGAAUCAUCUGGUGCCGAAAUCCAAAAACACCAGGACGAGUUGAAGGAAGACCGUAGGAACGUGGAGGCUUUUGAGGCCAGACUUGCCGAAGCACAACAGGAGCAGGCUAGAGCUGGUCGUGAGGUUCACAAGCUUGAACGCAAUAUCAAGAACAAAGAGAAGGCCGUCGAAGAUAAGGAGAAUGAUCUCUUGCCCAUCAACGAGAAAAUCUCCCUUUCCAACAAGAAGCUUGAGGCAUCACGCAAGCGCAUCACCGAGAUCUCGAAAGAGCGCGACGCACAGUCUCGCAAUGCCGACCAGCUGAAAAAGGAUCUCGAUGUGGUCCAGAAAGCUCAAAGUAGAUGGGAACAGGAAUGGUCGGCUGCACAACAACAAGCAGGACGCGAACUCAGCGAAGCCGAUCUCCAGGAGUACAACCGUCUGAGAGGAGACGUCAACAAGAGAACCGCAGCCGACCAGAUCAAGGUGGACAACAUCACUCGCCAAUUGAAGACGGACGAAGAGACUGUUGAGAGUUUGAAGAGUAAGGUCGACUCUACCGAAAAUCACAUCUCCAAGCUCGACAGUGAAGUAUCUUCUCUACGAUCAAGGCGUGAUGAACUGAACUCGACCAUUCGUUCCAUUAACAACGAAGCGGACGGCAAGAAGAAGGAAUUCAAUACCCUCACAUCAGAGAGAUUAAAGUCUGCUCAAAAACAUACCGAGAUCGAGGAGAAGCUUCAAGAAGUGCUGCGUAAACUCAACGAUGCAUCCGUGUCCCAAAGAGAAUCUGAGAAGGAAACACGAGCUCGCGAGACUGUUGCUGCCAUGAAGAGAAUCUUCCCCGGUGUCCGAGGCCAGCUAUGGUCGCUCUGCAAGCCAAAGCAGAAGAAAUACAACGUUGCUGUGAGCACUGUUCUUGGUCGCCACAAUGAUUCAAUUGUGGUCGACACCGAAAAGGUGGCAAAGGAGUGCAUCCAGUACCUCCGUGAUCAACGUGCUGGUCAGGCUACAUUCAUCCCGCUUGACACCAUUAUGCACAAGGCACCGGACGCCAAUCUGAAGGGCAUGCAUAGGGGCAUGCGUCUCGCCAUCGACACAAUCGACUACGAAAAUGCUGUUGAGCGCGCCAUUUCUUUUGCUUGUGGAAACAGUAUCGUAUGCGACGAUCUACAGAUUGCUAGACAUCUCUGCUACGAUCGACACGUCGAGGCCAAAGCAGUCACACUUGAUGGUACCAUUAUCCACAAGGGUGGUCUAAUGACUGGUGGACAUGGCUCAAACGACCAACGAAAUGCACGAAAGUGGGAGGAUUCGGAAGUCGAGAACUUGCGCCGUCUGAAGGACAAGCUCCUCGCCGAUCUGAGUGCUCUACCAAAGGGCCAUCGCCGACAAGCAGAAGAAGAGUCCCUCCAGGGUGAACUCGCAGGUCUCGAGUCGCGCCGUGCAUUCGCUGAUGAAGAGCUCAAGGCGCUCGAGUCAAACAUUGAGAGCAAGCGCCGUGAGCUAAACUUUGCAAGACGUCAGCUAGAGGAGACGAGACCCAAGUAUGAGGAGCAAGCUCAUGGCGUCACUACUCUGCGCAGCCAGCUCGAGUCGUACUCAUCAUCAGUAGCGACUGUCGAGGACGAAGUGUUUGCUGCAUUCUGCCAACGCCUGGGAUACAGCGACAUUCGCGCAUACGAAGCUCAGCAGGGUAGUGCCCAGCAGGAAGCCGCGCAGAAGAAACUCGAGUUCACCACACAACGCAGCAGACUGGAGAACCAGCUUGCCUUCGAGACUCAGCGUCUUCAGACGACCAAAGACCGCAUUGCCAAGUUGCAGAGCGAUGUAAAGGAAGCCCAAGCCAACAUCGCAACCCUCGAAUCUGAGCGCGACAACCUCAACAACGAGCUAGAUGAGCUGAACGCCGAGGUUGAGCAGAUGAAUGAGCAGCUCAUCACACGCAGAACGAAGUACGAUCAGAAGUCUGAUAAGGUAGCCGAACACAGACGUGAAGUCGCGAAGCGCUCCAAAUCAAUGGAAAACACGAACAAGGAAAUCACAGCUCUUCAAGAAGCAGUACAACGGUCCAACUCAGAUCGUUACUCCCUGCUACGCAGAUGCAGGAUUGAGGAAAUUGAUGUUCCCCUGACUGCACAGAGCAGGAAGCUAGACUCUCUCCCACUAGACGGCGGCAUGGCCGAGGAAGAAGACGCUAUGGACGUGGACGAGGAAGAAGCAUCCCAACGCGUGCCAGGAGUCAACGAUUACGGUAUCGAUGUCGACUUCUCAGAGUUAGACGAUGACUUGAAGGAAGACGACUCUGAGCAAUGCGAAUCAAAUCUGCAAGAAAGUAUUGCGAAUAUACAGGCCGAGCUCGAGAAGAUGCAGCCAAACAUGAGAGCCAUUGAACGCUUGGAAGGUGUUGAAGCACGUCUCAAGUCUACUGAUGAUGAAUUCGAAACAAGUCGCAAGGCAGCCAAAGAAGCCAAGGACCAGUUCGACGACAUCAGAGACUUGAGAUCGGAUCUCUUCACAAAAGCUUACGACCAUAUCUCUGGCCAGAUUGACCAAGUAUACAAGGAACUCACGCGCACUGCCAGUUUUCCUCUCGGUGGUCAAGCAUACCUCGAUUUGGAAGACACUGACGAGCCAUACCUCAGUGGUAUCAAAUACCAUGCUAUGCCUCCACUCAAGCGUUUCCGUGAUAUGGAGCAUCUCUCUGGUGGUGAGAAGACCAUGGCAGCUUUGGCGCUGUUGUUCGCCAUUCACACAUAUGCACCAUCACCAUUCUUCGUACUCGACGAGGUUGAUGCUGCUCUUGACAAUGCCAACACCGCUCGCCUGGCCAACUACGUCAAAGAGCACGCUGGUCCUGGCAUGCAAUUUGUUGUCAUCUCUCUCAAGACGGGACUGUUCCAGAACAGUGAGACGCUUGUUGGAGUGAUGAGGGAUCAGACUGUGAACAGCAGCAGAACUCUCACUAUGGAUCUUCGCAAGUACCAGGCUGCAUAG